AUGUUCGGCGGGUAUUCAACUUAUCUAGUGCUUCGCUCACACGGUUUGCACCACCCACAGGGCAAGGUCGCUGAGCUGCGACAAGAGCUCAACAGCGGCGGCAAGAAGGACAAGAAUUACUCGGCCAAGAAGAUCGCCCUGAAGAAGAUUGUCGCCAAUAUGACCAUGAGUAAUAACGAUAUGGUUGCGCUCUUUCCAGAUGUGAUCGAGUGCAUGAACCUGCCAAGCUUGGAGAUCAAAAAAAUGUGCUUUCUCUUCUUGGUCAAUUACUCCAGACUUAAACCCGAGGUUGCGAUGAAGGCUUUGCCGAUUCUGGUCGAUGACAUGGAUGAUACAAAUCCCCUUGUGCGCGCUCUUGCCCUCCGAACCAUCUCAUACGUCCACGUGCGUGAGUUCGUUGAAGCAACUUUUCAGCCAUUGAAGCGGCUCAUGCAAGACAACGACCCUUACGUACGGAAAACCGCUGCUUUCUGCGUCGCCAAGCUGUACGAACACGACAAAAAGACGGUGGAGAACUCGGAUCUGAUCGAUCGACUCAACCGCAUGCUCAAAGAUGAGAAUCCCACGGUCGUCUCGAGUGUUCUGGCUGCCUUGUGCGACAUCUGGGGCCGCAGUGAAUCAAUUUCACUCACCAUCGACUACGUCAGCGCUUCAAAGCUGGUAUCAAUCUUGCCCGACUGCUCCGAGUGGGGUCAAAGUUACAUCCUGGAGGCAUUGAUGUCCUACGUGCCGCAAGACACUGCUGAGGCGCUUUUGCUGGCUGAGCGAGUAGCACCUCGGCUGUCUCAUCAGAACUCCGCCGUCGUUCUGACUGCCUGUCGAGUCAUUCUCUACCUCAUGAACUACAUUGCCGACGAAAAACACAUCUCCUCUCUUUGCCGCAAGCUAUCACCACCUUUGGUCACGCUACUUUCGAAACCCCCUGAAAUUCAGUAUCUGGCUCUCCGAAAUGCUAUUCUCAUCCUCCAGAAGCGGCCCGAGGUUCUUCGGAACGACAUCAGGGUCUUCUUCUGUAACUACAAUGACCCAAUUUAUGUCAAAGUGACCAAGCUGGAACUCAUGUUUAUGUUGACGACGGAAGAAAAUAUUUCCAUUGUCCUCGCAGAGCUCCGAGAAUAUGCGACUGAGAUUGACGUGCACUUUGUCCGUAAAGCGGUGCGCGCCAUCGGCAAGCUGGCCAUCAAGAUUGAAUCAGCUGCCAAGCGAUGUAUAGAUACUCUGCUGGAAUUGGUGGAUGCAAAGAUUCCAUACAUUGUCCAGGAGGCGACAGUGGUGAUUCGCAACAUCUUCCGCAAAUAUCCCAACCAGUACGAAAGCAUCAUUAGCAACGUGAUUCGCAACAUUGACGAUCUUGACGAGCCCGAGGCCAAAGCGGCUGUCAUUUGGAUCAUUGGCCAGUAUGCCGAUCGCAUCGAAAACUCGGACGCGCUAUUGAAAGAUUACCUGGCAACGUUCCACGACGAGCCAAUCGAAGUUCAGCUAGCUUUAUUGACUGCAACGGUCAAGCUGUUCAUUCAACGGCCAACCAAGGGCCAGCAGCUUGUUCCGCAGGUCCUCAAAUGGUGCACCGAGGAGACCGACGAUCCGGAUCUUCGCGAUCGAGGAUACAUGUACUGGCGUCUCCUGUCCACCGAUCCAGCCACCGCAAAGCAAGUGGUCAUGGGUCAGAAACCACCUAUUACAGCUGAGAGCGAGAAGCUUGAUCCUCGCACUUUAGAGGAACUCUGUCUCAAUGUUGGUACAUUGGCGACCGUUUACCUCAAGCCCAUCCACCAAGUAUUUCGUGCUGCGCGUCCUCGCCGACUGCAGCCCAGCCCAGCCCUGCAGCGCCCACCACAGGAAGACGGCACAGCCGGCCUGCUCGAGUACAAUCCUCCAACUGCCAAUUUAGCGUCCAGCUCGACCAGCAACAGUGGUCUCGCGACAAUUACCACGACAGGUAACCCCACCAGCCCGGUCUACCCUCCACCUCAGCCUGGUUUUGCCGUCGACCCCAACGCGACCGGAAGUGCAGCUGGCGCGGACGCUAUCAACGCAGCUGAUCAGUACUUUAAUGGAAUCGGCUCUCAGCAGAUGGCAGCGAUGCAUUUGGGAGGGCGUGACGAUGGAGGAGCAGGUGGUGGUGGUGCGCCACCGGCGCAGUUUGUCGUGACUCAGAAUCAGCAGCAAGGAUAUCAGCCACAGUAUGCGGGUGGUGCUGCGACAGGUGAGCUGCUACUACUGUGA